AUGAGCGAAUGCGACGGAAGUUAUAGGGAGGAUAGCCGAAAUGUAAUGUAUCCCCCAUUUCUUAAGAGGAACUCAAUCGAGUAUCUUUUUUGCGUCGGGACGCUUUGCAUUGGGGUGGUGUACUUUUUUUGCAUUGACAUUGGGCGGGUGUCAUGCCAACACGCUGCAUUACUUUCGGACUCACUUGUACCCGCGUGGCCACCCUUUUGUUGUUUAGGCUCAAAUGGUAUGGAUGUCAAGGAUACACAGUGGUAUCAAUUUAGUCUGGUGCUCCCUAUUGUUAUUCCAGCCUUCGCUUUUUUUCUUUGCAUUUCACAUCGACUUCGGAGGCGUGAAACUGGGAAGAAGUAUGUGCAGUUGCACAUACUUCAUAUUAUUUCGGGUUUGGUGAUAGGCUUUGGUAUCAGUGGGCCGAGGUUCUUGUUUACGAUUUUUCUUCUUCUGGGAAAUUUCUAUGCUGUGGGAAAGCUGCAGAAGACGACUUCCACGUUGUUUAUGACGAUUAUGUGGGGAACACAUAUCGCACUCCUUUUUAUUAACAGUUACUUUGAUGGUUACCGUUUUGCCUGGUUUGGACUUGAGUUUCUAGACACAAUGGUGGAUCCACUUAUGCAAUGGACGGUGCAUUAUAACAUGAGCGUGCUUCGUAUGAUCGCAUUUAACACAGACAUGCGCGAGGCCAUUGUAGCAGCUUUGGAGCGACGUCAAAAAACGACGGAAAAGCAUGACAUGUCAUGCAUUGAAUGCGCAGAGAUUCGUGAGUUAAACACCCACAAAAGAGAUUGCUCUGUAUCUUUCGGUUUAGGUGUUGAGGGCUUGCGCUGUUACAAGUUUCGCACAGAGUAUCCGCUUGAUGUGGGCGAGUACAAUCUACUGAGCUAUCUUGGUUAUAUUUUUUACCCUCCACUUUAUAUAGCGGGACCCAUUUCUUCUUUUAACGCGUAUGUAUCGUACUUGAAAGAGCCUUCGCGGAGGAUGGAUAGAAUGGCGUUGCUACGCUACGCUCUACGCACGGUGUUUAGUUUCCUAGUUAUGACGGCCACGGUGCACUACGUUUAUGUGGUUGCAAUACUGAUGAAUGAGUCAGUGUUUACAUCCAUCUCCUUUUCCAGGCGGGCCGUUGUACUUUUUCUUGUUCUUGUCUUUUUAUGGCUAAAGUUCAACUGCGUGUGGAAAUUUUUUCGGUUUAUUGCUCUCUUGGACGGUUUUGACGUACCCGAGGACAUGCGUCGGUGCUUUUCUAACACUGUGAGCAUCCGAGACUUUUGGCGAGAUUGGCAUGCCUCUUUUAAUUUGUGGAUUGUGCGCUACAUGUAUAUACCAAUGGGCGGAAACAAGAGGAAGCACCUCAACAUCUUCCCCAUCUUCUUCUUCAUCGCCAUUUGGCACGACAUUGAGCUUUGGAUGAUACACUGGGCAUGUAUUAUUUGUGUCUGCUUUCUUGUGGAACUUUUUUUAACGCAGGUCGUAUUUCAUUCAAGGGCGCCGAUUGUCGUGGCGUUGGAACAACGUCCAUUGCUCUAUCGGUACAUACGCACCAUUGGUGCAUGCGCAGUUAUGCUGCAAUUACUUAUUGCAAAUCUUGUGGGUUUUGGCGUUGGGCUUGACAAAGCACGACACAAUGUAAGGGCACUGUGGACAGAAUCUCCCCUGUCCUUUCGCCUCCUCAUGGUGUUUUACUUUUAUCUGGCAGCCACUGUAGCUAUUCAGCACAGGGACCAGGAGAAGUUUGAGGAACAGCAGCGCCGCGUCAAGUACGGUCUCGUAGGUGGCAAGGACAAGACACCGGGGUCGGCCCAGGCGGCGGCUACUGCCGUUGUGGUGAUUGGCGAUGGAGAGCAGCCUUUGAAAAACAUACAAAUAAUUUGA